AUGCGUGACCAUCAUUUCAUCAAGGUUUAUGCUGAACAAAAUCCUAUCUCAGCUCCUGAUGAGCAUCUCUUUCUUUGCCCAAAGCCUUUCAUAGACGAAUUAGAUCUAGCUGACUGGCCUAGGCAUGAGGUGAUCAUCAAUGGUUCGGAGUGUAUGAAUACUGAGGAGCUCCUUGCUACUGAGGACAAUGCUAUGUUCUUCGAAUGUUUGGCCGAGACCAUCAACGAAACUACGUACGCUCUGGACUCCAUUGGUAUUGAUGCGUCUAUAUCUGAUGGAACUCUACUGGGUUGGUAUCGUCAUCACAAAGGCUUUAUUCCGUGGGAUGUUGAUGGGGAUAUAUCUAUCAUGAAGAGUGAUUGUCGUGAGUCUUUUGAUGAAUACGCCACUCCUGAGCAGAAUAAUAUUGCUAAUGUGGUGCAAGAGCUAAUGCCAGGCUACGAAGUGUACGGCAUCAAACUUGGUGUCGGCUCGGGUUUAGAAGAGGAUGAGUGGGAAGGUUGUGAGAAUGCUGAAUUCCGAGUGUAUCAUGUGGUCAAUGGUACCGCAUGCCACGUUGAUGUCUUCCAACAGCUACAAUCUACCGACCCCGAGGAGCCUUGCAAGGCUUGCCCUGGUUAUCUUGAUGGUGAAGUGACGGUUUGUCGCUAUCCAGAGGGUGAUGUUUGUGGAUAUCGAGAUGACUUCUUCCCAAUGGCAUGGGAUCAUAUAUCUUGGGCUGAUUGCAAGAUCCCUCACCGACCUACCCAUACGCUCGAGCCUCAAGUCGGCGGCCCGCUCGAGUUCAGAAAUUUGAAACCUAUUCCCGGUAACUAUAAGUAUGGGGAGCAGAUCCUGGUUGUGGGUCGACCAGUUGAUGAGUCGGGAAGAGAAAUCGCCCUCACUGAGGACCAUCCGGCAGUUUCCAUUACCACAGAGUCACGUGUGAUACCGAUUACACUCCCCAAGCUGAAGUCUGAGAAUGGGCAAAUACAACCACAACCCGACUACGACAAAAGUUUCAUGAGCUACAAUGAAACGUUCGAGGCGCACAAGUGGAGUGAGAGUUUCGUCUUGAUAGUGUUUUUGGGUGCUCUCUGUUCCUUAUUUUUAAUUUGGCUCUUCUGCAACUAUCGGCAUCGUGCAACUAUCCCUAGCCAUGAUGGCGAGGACGAGGUCGAAAAUCGUGUUUUGAUAAGUUAA